AGUAAUCAACAAUUUAUUUUCUAAUUAUGGCCCAUCAGUAGUGACUUGUUGAGCCCUAUAGUGAUUGUAACAUAAACAAUAUUUAAACAUUUGGCACUCACUCUGGCAAGCCAACAGUGAGAUUGCAUUUUUAGGCCAUCAAUCUUGAUGUUAAAUGUUGUGUUCAUUGCAAUUUAUUGACAUUUUUUUUUUUAACAAAAGUCGAACCUGAAGUGUUUUCUGCAUGCAAGUUGAAUAAAAAUAAAUGUUUGAUGUUUGAAGUGGUUACUUUUUGUACCUAACAGAAGAUGGCUAUAAAGAAUGCUUCACAUGGUGAGAAGAAGUCCUAUUCAAGUUCUAAGGACAAAAAUAAGCAUCCACCAACAAAGGUGGUGAUCCGCCGCCUGCCGCCGGACAUGGCGCUCGACUCGUUUGUCGACCAGGUGUCCCCGCUGCCCGAUCACGACUACCUGGGCUUCGUGCCGGCCGACCCGGGCCUGGCGCCGCACGCCUUCUCGCGCGCCUACAUCAACUUCAGCAACAUGGACGACAUCAUCACGUUCAGGGACAGAUUCGACGGAUACGUGUUCGUAGAUAAACAGGGUUUCGAGUACCCAGCCGUUGUGGAGUUUGCGCCGUACCAGCGCACGCCGCGCCGCCGCAGCCGUAAGCCCGACGCCAAGAGCGGCACCAUAUUCGAGGACGCCGACUACAAGGCGUUUCUGGCGGCUUGUGAGCAGGAGCAGUCGGAGCCGGCGGCGCCCAGCUGGGAACAGACGCUGGAGGAGAUCGAGAAGCGACACGCCGAGCUCAGAGAGGCCAACGUGGUCACGCCGCUGGUCACCUACGUCUGCAAGAGGAGGGCAGAGAAGAAAGAGGAGCGACGCCGCCGGGAGCUCGAGAGGAGAAAGGAAGAGGCCAGGAGAGCCAGGGAGAAACUGCUCGCCAGAGAUAAACGGGACUCCAGGGAGAAAACCAGAUACGACACAAAGGAAACUUCCAAGCCGGCGAGUCGUGAAGAAGAGAAGGAUCGAAGGCGAGACGACGUUCCAACAACUAAAAAAUACGAAAAGUACGACGACAAACAAAAGGACAAGUACACCAAAGAGUACACGAGGGACAAACAGACGAAGGAGGCAUUCCGACCGGAUCGAGAUGACAAGCUCCGGCGUAAGGAGAAGGACGACCGACGGAAGGACGGCGCUCGCGAGCGUCCCGCCCACAAGGAGGCGCGCUGGAAGGACGAGGCGCCGGAGAAGGGAAGACGCGAGGAGAAGUCGAGGACGUUCAGUCGGGAGGAGAGGAAGAAGGAUGUAGAUUGGGAGGAGAAGAAGAAGAGGACCGAGAAGAAGGCACGCACUUCAGAAUCAAGCUCGGAGAUAUCGACGGCCAGCGCACGAGACCGGCAGGCCGAGGUCAAAGACGCCGGCUCGGAGCGCUCCGCAGAGACCCGGGCAGGGGGUGACACCGCCCAGCCGGCCAAAUCGGGCGCGGUCAAACGGGACACACCUGACGCCAAAAAGGAGAGGAAAGAGGCCAGGGCGGAGCGGACCAAGACCGGACUAAAGAACAAGGACCGUCCGUCCCUGGCCAUCUACCGGCCCGGUAUGGGUAAGUACUCGAGCCGCCGGCUGCGGGAGCGCGACACUGAGUCGCCGUCGAGCAGCGUCGGCGGGGACGAGGCGGCCGAGGAGCCGCCGGCGCCGGCGCGGGACCGGCCGGCGCCGCUGCCGCGCACACUCGUGUUCCGCCGCAGCCGGACGUCCAACGAGUAGCGGCCGCCGGCGCCACACGGCACACACACCCUCAAUGAUACGAUAUGCGACAAGGCCCAGCCGACGCCGAACUAUGGGAGAAAAUCAACCGGCCCGGAGACGCAGCAGGACGCUCACUCAGUGGAGACUCGCGACAGAAGCACGGAAUGAUUGGCAGGCUUUGUGAAGAGCGAAAGAGCAUGUGAUAUUUCGGUUGUAUUUGGACAAGACAACAAAACAGCGACAUCCGUAGCAAACAGCCUCAUCAGACUAGAGAGUUGUGACUAGACUUGGAGAAUGUGCAAGAAGAUCUCAAGAGAUGUCGAGAUCACGCAGUGGUUGUUACAAACUUAAAUUAAUCAUGUAUAUAAAUAAAUAAAUAAAAUAACAAAGCA